GUCUGCGACGUCCUGACCCAAGUCAUCUGCGACGUCUUCACCCGAGUCGUCUGCGACAUCCUGACCCGAGUCAUCUGCGAUGUCCUGACCCGAGGCAUCUGCGACGUCUUCACCCGAGUCGUCUGCAACGUCUUGACCCAAGUCGUCUGCAACAUCACCUCUCUCCAGAUCCAAGAUGUCUGUAACGUCCUGACCCGAGUCAUCUGCGACGUCCUGACCCGAGGCGUCUGCGACGUCUUCACCCAAGUCGUCUGCAAUGUCCUGACCUGA